AAACCCUAGAAAACAAGGAGAAGGAGAAGGUCCCAGUAAAGAGAGAUUUUUUUUUUCCGCCUUCCCAGUAUCUGAUUCUCCACUACCUUCGCGCCUCCAUUACCCUUCGCCGUUCUCCCCUCUCCACUUUCUCUCGCCGGCAGGUCGUCGCUAGCUGGCUUGCUCGGGUCGCGGUACGACUGUCUAUCUCUCGCGUCUCUCUUCGAGGGGCAUUCGCUUCGUUCGAUCUGUCUUCAAGGCCUUGUUGAUUUGGCGGAAGGCCACGGUUUUCCAUACGUCCGUGAUGAUUUCAGUUUCCAGUGUCACGGCCCAUUUGGAGAUGGGUUCAUAAGGUGCAUGUAAUUGGGGAACCUUUGCUUUCUGCACCUGUGUUCCUGCAAUUGAUCAUCAUGGGAGCUGCCGAAACUGUUGUUACCAAGAAGAUUUUGAAGAUAAAAUUUUCCACCCCGAAGGCUGAAGUUGAUUCCGGGGCAAGUUCGUGUAGUGUUGCACAAAAGUUGUCUGCGGAUCUUUCUUCUCAUUCUCUGGCAUGUGCAUCACAGAAUGGUAAAAUUGGUGUGUCAUGCUCUAAAAAGCGUGGCCCAUCAAUGGAUUUAGAUGGUCGUCCGCUUAAGAGGUGGAAAAUGGAUCGUACCGUUAAGCAGCAGUGCUUGGCUCUUCUGAAAGUUCUUACUGGCCAUCCAGAUGGUUGGGUUUUCUCUGAGCCAGUGGAUCCUGUCAAACUGAUGAUUCCUGAUUAUUUCACCGUCAUAUCCCAUCCUAUGGAUCUUGGGACCAUAAAGUCCAAGUUGUCUAAGAAUGCAUAUGCCAGUACUGAAGAAUUUGCAGCUGAUGUUAGGUUGACGUUUGACAAUGCUAUGCUGUAUAACCCACCAAGUAACCCUGUGCAUCAGCAGGCCAUGGAGCUUGGUGAAAUUUUUGACACCAGAUGGGGUUUAUUAGAGGAUAAAUGGAGUUAUGAAAUGUCAAAAUAUGGAAAGGCAAAGUUACUUGGUGCGCAGGUUAAGGGCAACAACUGUAUGAAACAGAAUUGCCCCAGAACGCCACCUCCACGCAAUGCUAUGCUAUCUAGAAACUCAAAGCCAUCAAAAGAGAAGGUGGAAAGGGGCUCUUUGGGUGCUCAGGCUGUUGAGGUUAAGAAUUCCGAAGCUGCUGAUAGCUGUGUGCAGAAGUCACACAAAGGUCCUGGACAUGCUCAUGGUCUUGUCAAUGCCAAACCACCAAUGAGGAUAGUGGUUCGCAAAUGUGGUACUUGUGGCAGGGGCCCUUGUGCAUGUAUCCUUCAGAUGAAUUCAGUUAAUGUGUUGUCAGAUGCAUCCAGCGAUGGAUCAUUUAGCAGAGAUCUCUCCCAAAGCACUGAUACUAGAAGAAUGGACUGUCUGCCAGAUGUUAUCUCGACUUCCCAGAUGAGCCGGUCAGAUCCAGAUUCUGAUGGUACCGUGAGUGCGUCAGAUGAGGACAAUGUAUGCCCUAGUUCGCUGCUUGUAACGCCUAUUACUGAUGCAACUUCUGGAGAAGAUUGGAGAUCUGAUGUAGUUGAAGCACACCAAAUGUCACCAAAAAGAGCCCUACGUGCUGCAAUAAUUAAGGAACGAUUUGCAUACACGAUUCUGAAGGCAAAGCAUAAAACACUACUUGAUCAUGGUGAUAAGGCUGAAUCAAUAAAGAUGAAGCGGGAAAAGGAGAGAUUGGAAAGGAUGCACCAUGAAGAGAAAGCAAGAAUUGAAGCCCAGAUCAAAGAAGCUGAAGCUGCCUCCCAGAGGCAACAGGAGAUGGAAUUGAAGGAGCAAAGGCAACGGGAAAGAGAAGCUGCCCGGGUUGCAGUGCUUAAGGUUGAGAGAAGUGUCGAGAUUGAGGCGAGCCAAGAGGUAUUGAAAGAACUCGAAGAUCUAUCUGGGUGUAGGCUGCUGUUAGUCAGUCCAAGAGGGUGUGAGAAAGCUUUCAGAGGAAGAGAGGGUGGAGGAAGUGCGUUCGGAAGCCCCUUGAGCCCGCUGGAGCGAUUAGGUCUGUUCUUCAAGGACGAUGAGACCGACAAUGUCGAUGAGUUGUUAGAUGGAGAUGUCGAGGACGGCGAGCUGUUGCCUUGAAAAAAACCCACAUCAGUUAAGCAAGUGCUUGUGUUCCAUGUUUUUCUUCUUCCUGAACUGCUGCCUGUUAAUAAUUAACCUUCGCAGAGAGGAAAGGGAUAUUUGGAUUGUAAAUGAGUAUAAUUUUGUAGACGUCAGUUAUAGAAUAGAUGUGGUUCUUUGUAGUGCGCACGAUUUGCUGUUGUUGUGGACUGGGUUGAAGAAUUACUACGGUGUGAACUGUCUCGGUACGCUAAUAUAUUACUGGACGAUAUAUGUAGUUUAUGUUUUAUUCGGUGUUUGAAACCAUACCGCAUCAGCGGUUUACAAGAGUGCGUCUGCUAAAUCGGUCUUUGGCCGAUCUAAGGAUGAACUAGUUGUGUUUCAUUCAUUGUUAGAAACCAUACCAUACCAG